AUGUUGGCUGACUUGAAGAACGUGACGACGCCUGUCAUCAAGUUAACAUCCUCGUCCUACAUGCGCCUCCGGGAUAGCAGUAUCCAGGAGUGUGACGAAGUGGAAUGAACGUCCUAAGAACGGUAUGACAACCAGCAACGCUCACAUUCCCUCGGCGGCGGUGACUGCCGCGGUGGUAGGGCAACACUCGGCGCACCAACACCAACAUCGAAAAGUUCCUCACCGGCAUCUGGUCACUUACCCGUGGCAGCGGCCUGGACGGCUCCACGCCAAUCGCACCCCAGGUCCUACGUUAUCGCGGCGUGGCAGGGCGCCGCAUACACCCUCGUCCUCGUCCGCUUCCUCUCAGCUCCACAACCGCGUCUCCAGCGUCAAGUCCCUUCAGCCGUUGAGGUCGAUCUCUGCCCGGAGGAGAAGACGGAGUCCUUCGAGGAGACAGACGGGAGGAGGCGAGCAGGUCGAUUUCACACGUAACCCAUUGCUUGAGGACGGCCGCCGUAGUCACGGCGUUAAUGAAGCGACAGGGAUUUACUCUGCCAGAACAGCAAAUAUUGAUCCCGACUUCAACAGUGAAUACAGCACUAGUGUGUUAUCUCGCCAUGAGGGAAGAGGCGAUGUUAAUCAUAAUACUAAUAACACUGACGGGAGUGAUAGGCCGACGUUAGGGACCCAGCAUCACGGCGGCACGGGCAAUGCUGGCUAUGAAAUUACUCAUAACAACGUCGGGGAGAUCGACCGCUAUACUAAGGAAUGUGAUCAAACAUAUUUUAAUCAAAACGGUAAGCCCCGCACUCCGGGUCUUAACAUACAAAGUAUACUCGAACACUGCAUUUCCUCUAAGAAAGACUCGUUGCGACACCUCGCUAGUCAACAGGCAGACUCGGGCCAGCUCUUGAGGGCACCUGCUGUCCGCAAGGGAGGCGGUAUUGGCGGCGAGAAACGUAAAAAUACGGCGUCACACGGUACGACCGCUGCAAAAGCGACGGAGAGAAUGAUUGAGUGUGACGGCGACGCAGAGGGCGUGGGUGGAGGAGUUGAUGCUUCUGCGCGAGUCCGCUCACCCGACUCAGCGGCUAAACCUACCGCAACGGUGAGCUGUGCCACGCGAGAGGAGGAAGAGAGACGGGUGGAACAGGAGAAAAAUGCCAUUGAAGCUGCCAUGAAAACCGGAUCGGCUGAAAGCGAGGGGACGCUUCUGUCCAUGCACUCAUGUCCAGAAGCUACGACCGGCCAGGCAGAAAAGCCUCCCAGGUAUCACCGAAGAAGGAAGAAGAAAACGCCCUCCUCGGAAAGACGCUGUCCUCCUCGUAAACAGAACAUUUGGUCUCGGCUGUCAGUAGAAGCCCAGUGCGCGAUGACACAGACAAUGGAGGCGAUGGAACUUGAUGACAAAGAUGACAGGAAUUAUACCGAUCGACAGACGGUAGAGAAUACCAAUCGAGACGAUGAGAAUAAUCAAAAUAGUUUAGAACGCUUUGAAAAGGGGCAAUAUUAUAACGAAAGUGCCAAAGUGGGGACUCAACGAGAGAACCCUGCAGUAUCGGAUGAACAAACCAUUGGUGUAAACAACAAUAGCGAUGGCAAUGCACUGAGAGCGACAAAGGAACAACCUUACGCAAAUGUUGACUUUGUGCAGAAAAAUAUACAGAGUAAACGACGUCACAAAAGUGAGACUGAAUCAAAUACCUCCGGUGAAACCCCCGUCACCUCUCGCCAAAGAAAUAAUUCUUUUGGUUACAAUGGCCGCGAGCACAAAAAACCACAAGGGGCUCCCAAACAGGUGGUGCAUUGGAAAGAAUACAAUGACGGCAACAACAAUAAAAGCCGUAACAAAUCAGCCAGAACUAAACUUCCAAAGAUUGGCAGCGAUUCAAAGCUCUCUCAACAGGUUAAGACGGACAGUGGCCCUGAUUUUUCGCAGGAGGCAGACGACUAUUACAAUAAUGAAUUUGCUGCCGUCUUGCCAACGCGCAGGCGCGAGCGACAAGAAGCAUUUGACGACGAUUAUUAUAGCCCGUCUUUUACGCAACACGCCAUUCCUGGUGUUGGAAAUUUCACGGUGCCGCGGUAUCAUUUUCGAGAGAAGACUUUUGAGAUUACCCCUGCUGGUUAUGACUCAAGAUAUCAAUAUACGCACAAGUACAACCCGGAGGAGGAUGAUCCGAUCAACCCGAAGGUUUUCUCUCACUCAGUAAAGAAAUGCAGCGAUUGGUUGACUAAAUGUUUACCGGCAGCAGACGACCCCAACGUGUCGGGAACUAAAUUGAAACUUUCGCAAAGUUCUCAUUUCUGAUAUCGAGUUCUUCCAUUUAUAAAUGACAAAAUGAAAAAUAUGCCAUAUUAACCGCCUAAGAUGUAAGAUGAAUUGAAACGGUCCAAGCGCGCACAAGGAUUGAAAUAUAACAUUUUUUACAUUUGUACCUGAAGAUCUCUUCAUAUUAACCCCUAGACGCGUUUUAAACGCUAUGUUUUAAUUUCUAUCAUCUCUCAUCUAUUACUGAUCUUGAUCAUUUUUGUUUUUCAUUCUUAGGAAAUCAUUAUUAAAUCAUCAUUUCUAUUCCCAGUGCCAUUGAAAGAUUAUUUUAGCUUGGAAUCUAUUUUUCCAGAAAUAUGAAAUGAAAUAAGGAUCAAUUUUUAUUAUUUUUUAUUCCAAAAAACUGUCAGAAAUCGUCUGUCAGGGAUUGGUUUCACAAAAUGAUUUGAGCCCGAAAAUGGAUCUGAACCUUCUAGUCUUACCUCAGUUCUAGUUGAAUCAAUAGUGCAUCAAUUAAAUAGAAUUAAUAUUGCCCUGAAACACAAGCAGCGUACGACUUGUU